ACGUUUCAUUUGGUGGGGAAUGCUAUUGGACCACUUUUCCAGCCAUCCCCUGAAUGCACCGCUAUAGGUGUCCUUGUAGCUGCCUGAUCAAAAGCUGUCAAUGUUCCAAUCAGCAGCGCCUCCUGUGCCCUUCAAUGCUGGGUUCACUCCUCACUUGCUAAGUUUCAGUGUGUCGGGGCGUGUAGACUAUUUUAAUGCCAGUUUUAGGUCCACUUCCGUCAGCUAUCUCUGUUUGGUGUUUUUAAACGUAAAAUUGUGGUAAUGGAGUGUCGUGUGUUAUCCAUUCAGAGUCAUGUUGUCAGGGGAUACGUAGGGAACAAGUCGGCAGCAUUUCCGCUGCAGGUGCUGGGCUUUGAAGUGGACUCCAUCAACUCUGUGCAGUUCUCCAAUCACACAGGUUACGCCCACUGGAAGGGACAGGUGCUGACAGCAGAGGAGCUGAACGUGCUGUAUGAGGGCAUCAAGCUCAACAAUGUCAACCACUAUGACUACAUCCUCACAGGGUACAGCAGGGACACGUCCUUCCUGGAGACGGUGGUGGAUAUUAUCCAGGAGCUAAAGAAGGCAAAUCCCGGAUUGGUUUAUGUUUGUGAUCCUGUUAUGGGAGACCAUGGUGCUAUGUACGUUCCAGAGCUCCUCCUGCCAGUCUACAAGAACAAAGUGGUGCCCGUGGCCGAUAUCCUGACCCCCAACCAAUUCGAAGCAGAAAUCUUAACUGGUAGGAAAAUUACCACAGAGGCUGAUGCCAUAGAGGUGAUGGACUUACUUCACAAAAUGGGCCCGGAGACUGUGGUCCUCACCAGUACUGACCUGCUGUCAAAACGCGGGGAAGAGUUCCUGGUGGCCCUCGGGAGCCAGAAAAUAAUGAAACCUGGCGGGACCGUCAUCAGUCAGAAAAUCUGCUUGGACAUCCCCAAAGUGGAUGCUGUGUUUGUGGGGACUGGAGACCUUUUUGCAGCCAUGUUGCUAGCAUGGACUCAUUUUCACCCCAAAGACCUAAAGGCUGCCUGUGAAAAGACGGUUUCAGUCAUGCACCAUGUCAUUAAGAGGACCAUCACUUACGCCAAUGAAAUGGCUGGUCCGGGGAAAAAGCCCAGCCCUGCACAGCUGGAGCUGCGGAUGGUCCAGAGCAAAGCUGACAUUGAGAAUCCCACCAUUGUUGUGGAAGCCAACUUGCUAUAAAAGAGUUUGCACGGAAGACGGCGGCCUUUCUGUAGACGUUCAACUCGUACUCAGCGGGAGCAGGCGACCACACACAUAGGAUUUUCACAUCACAGACAGUCACAUGUCUCUGCCUUACAGAACCUUUGAGGGAGGACACCUACCGUAUGUUAGGAGUGAUCAGCAGGAUGUUUUGUAUGUUCUCUCUGCUCACCGAUAUCACUGCCAUAUGUAUCUGUAGACUGUGUAGACAUCAUAUGCCCUUUACUGAAAACAACAAACAAAAAAAAAGACAGUUGUGUUCUAGUUAAAGGGUGCUGUAAAUGUACUUGAAUCUUGAUAUAAAACGGCUCAUUCCAGUCCUCCAGUGACGUGUGCAUGACCAGUUACAGCUUAAGUUGCUCCCAGAGCAUCACGAGCACACCAGUAUAUCGUUUUUACUGAAAAUACGACACGGUUUGUCAGACCGAAAAGAUUUCGAUAAAACAUUACAAAUGCAUGCAUUGUGCACUUGGAUGUUUUAUCACCUUAAUGAGCGCUAAAACCUCAUACACUUAGAUCAGAUUCAUUCUAACAGCUGAGAUAUGUAUCGUAGCUCCCUCAAAAUGUUGAAUAUCUUAUGCAAUUAUUAGAUGGUUUCGUUUCACCCCAGCUGAUUUAUCUUCAUCUUAUUUCAGACAAUUCAUGAUUGUAGAGCAAAUUACAAUAAUAGCUGAUGUCAAACAAUAUUCUUGUAAUCAUUUGUCUUUUUUAAAUCACUGUUUUAAUUAUGCAAUGCUUUCUUGAACUAGAAGGUGUGUAACGUGUUAGAUUCAUGUCCUAAACAUCUCAAAUUGAGGUAUUUGCACAGAUAAUCUUUAAUAUAUUUGCUAAUGAUUACUGUUUUCAUUUUCAACUGUUGUCAUAUCUGUAGAAAUAGUCUUAAUGAGAGACCUCGCUGUGUAGCCUUAACAGGGUUAGAAAGUCCAAACAUCGGUCAUGAAUGUUUUUGUGCGCUAAUAGCAGAUCCUCACACAUAGUGUUUAGAGAGUUAAGUGCCAAACGUGGAACUGCUGAUCUGUUAUAGAGCGAUAUAUAAACAGAAUAAUAAAUGACUAAUCUUUUACUGAA